AUGUGCGGAAUUUUCGGUGUUGUUGCUGCUGGAAAUUGUGAAAAACUCAACAUUUUGGCCGCCAAUGGACUCUCAGCGCUUCAGCACAGGUAAAUACGUUUCCCUAAUUCGCGUCUUGAUGUACUCUCCUCAAAUGUAUUUACAAAAAUAAUUGGAAAAUGUAAACUUCCUAAUUGUAUCCAAGCCAGUGUGAUCUGACUAGACGUCAAUGGAGAAGCCGUCAUUUUUGCGUCGUGAAUACGCUGAAUCGCCAACAAUUGAAGCAAGUUGAUGAUUGGAUGAAAUAGACGCGUAGGGUGGAAUCGAGCUGUGGCCACUCUGGUGGCAGCCGUAAACAGCCACUCGACCACAAAGCUAGGACGAGGAGACGGCGGAAAGGGGGUUGACAUGACUGCGGCGGAAGGAGUACUGCGGUGGAGAGAAUACGUGUUGAAAAAAUGAUUUCCGGCAAGAAAUAGCUGGAAAAAGUUGAACAAAUUAGUUGUAUUUACAUUUUGAAAUACAAUUUCAGAGGCACAGAAUCGUCGGGACUAGUUGGAUCCGAUGGGGUGAGCCGGGACCACGUGGAAAUAGUGAAAGGGAACGGACUUGUCCGGGAUGUGUUCACCGAAGAAAACAUUGCAAAACUGGAGGAAAGCAACAUUAUAAUCGGCCAUAACCGGUAUUCGACGGCAGGAAAGAAAAAAUCCGGUAUCAAUUGCGUGCAGCCUUUCGUCGUUUACACUGCAAUGGGUACGGUAGCAAUUGCUCACAACGGAGAGUUGGUGGAUGCGAAUCGGAAGAGAAAAGAAGUACUUCAUGAGGGAGUGGGACUGUCCACAGACACCGAUUCGGAGCUCAUUGCUCAGAUGAUUGCGAAGGCGAUCGCGUUGAAUGUGAAGUGCAAUACUGGCCAAGACGUCGGAGACAUAACAAGGGUUCGUGGAUUCAGUUCUACAGUAUCAUCUUGGGCUUUUUCUUAGUAGAAAACAAAACCUCUUCCCACUUGAGUUGAUUUCCAGGAGCUAGCAGUGACGAUGUCUGCCCUGAACAUGUCCUAUUCCUUGUUGGUCAUGACAUUCGAUCGAUUGUAUGCAAUCCGUGACCCUUUCGGAAACCGUCCCUUGUGCGUCGGUACCGUACUUUCAAAGGACGGAACGAUUCCGACGGCCUACUGUGCUUCCUCGGAGUCUUGUGCAUUUCCGGCCAAUGCGAAGCUUGACUUUGAAGUCAGACCUGGCGAAAUUGUGGAGUUAUCCGGCAAUGGGAUCAAGUCUGUUUGGCAGGUAUGAACUUUCCAGUAUCAGAAGAAUCUUUAAAUUUAAAACACUAACAUAAGAACUCCUCGUUUCCAGAUGAAACCGAAUGCUCCGUUGGCGAUGUGCAUCUUCGAGUACGUCUAUUUCGCCCGUAACGAUUCGGAAAUCGAAGGCCAACAAGUGCAGACUGUCCGCGAGGAAUGCGGGCGGACGAUGGCUCUCGAGGAUGACAUCGAGGCAGACAUCGUCGGAAACGUUCCGGAUUCUUCGCUGAGCGCCGCGAUCGGAUACGCUUCCCAAUCGGGAAUCCCAUACGAACCCUGUCUUCAUCGCAAUUCCUACGUCGGACGAUCGUUCAUUCAGCCGAACGAUCAGAUGCGUCAGAAUGCGAUCAAUAUGAAAUUCGGUACGCAUUUUUCAAAAAUUUACGGGAAAAGCAGACGAAUGUUUCACAUUUUAGGAGUUUUGAAGAAAAAGGUUCAAAACCAGAGAAUUGUGCUUGUGGAUGACUCAAUUGUCCGCGGGAAUACCAUGCGAACUCUGGUCAGAAUGCUAAGAGAUGCCGGAGCCAAAGAGGUCUUUUACAGGGUUGCAAGUUCGCCAUAUUGAUAAUCUCGUUGCAGGUCCACUUGCGGAUCGCCUCUCCGCCUGUCAAGUUCCCGUGUUUUAUGGGAAUCAACAUUCCGACGAGUCUGGAGUUGAUUGCAGCUCAAAAAACUAUUCCAGAGAUUUGUGAAUAUGUGGGAGCCGAUUCGGUCAGAUAUCUUUCUGUGAAUGGCCUCGUCUCGGUAAAAGAAAUUAAUUGGAAAAAAAGUUUGACAAAAAUUGCAGUCCGUACAAAAAGGAAUCGAGCGCACCGUCAACUUCUCCCCGGGUCAUUGUACCGCCUGUCUCACGGGAAAAUAUCCGGUUCCAAUUGAAAUUUGA